UUCCACCCCCCCAAAGCAAGCCAACCUGUUGAGUGUCACGGUGCUGCGGGGAAAGGGUGUUGGUCGUGCUGCUGCGUGGAGAGAAGUCGCUGCUUCUGGGUCAGAUAUCCGCCUUCAAGGGAGAACACGGCCUCGUUUUUUGUGUGUGCGUGUCGUUGCUAACUAAACACAGCGCGCGUGAGGUUAAACAACCUCGAGCGUAAAGAUGUCAAAGAUCGGUGCGUUGGUGUUGAUGACACUCGUGUCCCUGGUGGUUGCCGAAGAACAGAACCUGGAGGAGGACCCGUUCACCUUUGACUACCACAGGCUGCGUGUCGGAGGCCUGAUCCUCGCUGCGGUCCUCUGUCUCAUUGGCAUCACCAUCCUGUUCAGUGGCCACUGCAGGUGCAAGUUCAACCAGGACAAGAGGAGGAGGACAGGAAGCAAUGCUCAGCAGAUGCUCUCCGACCAAGGUCGUUCCUGCGAGUGCUAGAUGUGUCGACCUGAACGCACACGCCGACUUCCCGAACCUGCAACCAACAGAUGAGAUGGAGCAGCAGCAGGAUCCGAUACAUCCAAGGAGAUUAUUAUUUUUUACAUUGUUUAAGAGCAACAGAAAGUAGUGUGUGUGUGAACCGGCUUCGAGGUGUGAUGCUUUCUGCCUGUUAACUACACUACUGAUCUGCUGCCCACACACACACACACACACACACACACACUCACUUUCAUUUCAAUCAACUGGAAACAUGGUUUGGUGAUUUAGAAAAACUAGAAUACAAAAAAAGCCUUUGGAGAAUUUUAAGGCUUUGUUGAUUGAUCUGAAAGUGACGUCACGCAACAGCUAACAAACUUAUUACCAAAAAAUUCCUCAAGUUUCCAUCAACGUCUCGUUGCCUGUAUUGUGCGUGUAAAGGUGAAAAAUCGAUGUAGAUAUUAGUCGCGUACUGUGACCUAACCCGCUGUCCAUGCUUCCAUGUCACAUAUAUGAAAUCCACAUAGUCACGAGUGUUUAGAGCGCUGUUGUUAAUUCACGAUAAUCUGUUAAUUCCCGUGUUUAGCUUUAUGGAGGAAAGUAGUGGAUUGCACUGUUCAGAGAUGCAGCGAGACUGUCAUGUUUCUAUAAAAGAACUGUUGAAACCAACAA